AUGGUGAGCCUCGGGCUAGCACGUAUCACGGCCCUGCUGAAGCAGACACCACAGACAUGGAAAGCGAUCCAUGUCGCCGGAACAAAUGGCAAGGGCUCGAUAUGUGCAUAUCUGAUGGCCAUGUUACGUGCCAAUCAAAUAUCUUGCGGCAGAUUCACCUCGCCCCAUCUCAUCCAUCCUCGAGAUUGCAUUACCAUCAACGAUAGUGUCGUGUCUGAGAGUAAAUUCAAGCACUUUGAAGAGUUGGUCAAGAGGAGAAAUGAGGAACAAUGUCUUGGCGCGAGCGAAUUUGAGUUGCUCACAGCCACAGCCUUCGAGAUAUUUGAGUCAGAGAAAGUCGAGUUUGGUAUAAUCGAAGUAGGAUUGGGUGGGAGACUUGAUGCGACAAACGUAUUGAAACAUAAGUGUGUCACUGUUAUUUCCAAAAUCGGUAUCGACCAUCAGUCUUUUCUAGGCAAUACUAUCGAGGAGAUUUCACUUCAGAAAGCCGGAAUCAUGAGGCAUGGGGUGCCAUGCGUUGCAGAUGGCAGUAACCCGGCGUCCGUAUCGGACGUUUUAACGAAGCACGCCGAAGAAACAGGCACCCGCGUUCAAUUUACAGAUCCAGAGUCCGAUACGCUUGUGAAGAAGUUAAGCGAUAAUCUUGCGCCGCACCAGCGCCAGAAUCUUGCAUGUGCGCAUGAAGCAUUCCGACUCGCGUAUCCUCAGCACGCUAGCUCUACUGAUGUCCUUGCUUCCGCCGCCCGAAAUAUGGUGUGGCCAGGUCGACUUCAGCUACUGAGUAUCGAAAAGUUGACUGGCAGGAAACAGAAUGUUCUCCUUGACGGAGCUCAUAACCCCCAAUCUGCGGAAGUUCUCUCGGCCUUCGUCGAGAGACACCUACGGUCUCAAGGCAAGCCUAUCACUUGGGUGCUGGCUGCUACACAAGGGAAAGACGUGUCCGAAAUGUUCAAAUUGUUAUUACGUGACGGUGAUUCUAUCGUGACAGUCGAAUUCGGCCCCGUGGAUCAAAUGCCCUGGGUUCGGCCCACAAACUCGGCAGCAUUACUUGACGCGGCGAGCAAAUGCGGUGUUACAAUUUCUUCGGAGUUCAAUUCAUCCACAGAUGUGCUCUCGGCCCUCAAGUGGGCAAGCCAAACAGCGAACGAAGGUCCACUUGCAAUUGCUGGAAGUCUUUAUCUGGUAUACAUCAUGGCAUCUGAAUUGCCUAGAAACCUGAUAGUUGUAUGCUGUCACGGCAUAUGGCUUGGCGGCCCCUCACUUGGUCACAAUGAAGAUGAGUGGCUCAUUGCUGAAUUUCAAAAAGGCGAAACACCAACCUUCAUCGAGCAUAUCAAGGCUGGACUGCGCGUGUUGAAAGAAGAUAAGAAUGCUGUAUUGAUAUUUUCUGGUGGCCCUACGAGGAAAGAGAACCGCCUAUCGGAAGCGCAGAGUUACGCCAAUCUCGCCAGCGCAAACGCGUAUUUUGGCAUUUUAUCCGAAGCUGAGGCGGCGGGGCGGAUUUCCUGCGAAGAGCGUGCUUUAGACUCAUACUACAACGUACUAUUUUCACUCAUCGAAUUCUGGAAAUGUCACGGAACCUGGCCAAGAAAAUUGACGUUGGUUAGCCACGCCUUUAAACGUGAGCGCCUUGUCGAUUGCCAUUGCGGCGCUAUUGAUUUUCCUUUAGACCGCGUUGAUUUCGUCGGUGUGGACCCGCCAGGCAUGAUCGAUGGGUCAAAUCUAGCUGCUAUCAAAGGUAUCACUGAGGCGAUUACGCAGUGGAAAGACGACCCCCAUGGAAAAGACGAGCUUCUGGCUAGUAAGCGCAGGAAAAGAAAUCCGUGGGGAAUCUCACAGAUGCUUUUCGCCGACGAAGAUAAUCGGACACGCAGUGGUGUACAGUCAAGACUUGUCGGAGAAGACGAAUAUCUCAUUGAGGGAGUUUUUCAACCGUGGUCGCAUUAA